CAGUCGCCGCAUCCUUUUAUGAACCAAUCUUAAGUUCUUAAUUUGAUAUCACUUGUAACCAUGCAUGCGUGCGUGCGUCCCGAUUCAUCAAAAAUAUAAAACGUCGUCGUUUCAGCAGUUUGUCGUGAUGAAUCUGGACAGUUUUCUUCUGAAGGUUCACUCUCACUGUCACGUAAAUUUGAUGAGGAUUCCGGUGAGAUUCGCGGCGGAGUUUGACGAGCUGUCCAGAGUACGGCCUUGCCAGAGUAGCGGAAGCGAGCAUUCCGCUGAUUUGUCCGAUCUGGUGAAUUCGUUUCUCGAAGAAGAAAUUGGGGAACAGAGACGAAACGAAGGUGUUGCAAUCGACGACGAUGGCGAUUUGGAAAGCAACUCGGAAAUUGAAUCUCGAGCUUCGUUGGAGAUUCUAUUUGAUUGCGAAAACGACGCCGUUAGAAGAGGCGUUCGUGCAGCGGUGGAGUCGGAGUACAUUCAAUUAGUCGCCGGCGGUGGAAAUAGCUCCUCCUCGUCGCCGGAUUUCAAACGGCGGUUGAUGCAUCGGCUGCGCAGCAGAGGCAUCGAUGCUGGCCUCUGUAAAUCAAAGUCUGAGAAAAAAGGUGCGCACACGCACGGGAGGUACGAGUUCGUCGACGUGAACGCCGGCGAUUCUCGCUACGUAAUCGAACUAUUUCUCGCCGGAGAAUUCACCAUCGCUCGUCCUACCGACGGCUACCGCGCCCUGCUGGACAUCUUCCCCCAAAUAUACGUCGGCAAGGCGGAGGAGCUGAGGCAGGUGGUGCAAUUAAUGUGCCAAGCAAUUAAGAGGUCGAUGGCUGCCGUCGGAAUCCUGGUGCCGCCGUGGCGCCGCCUGGCGUACAUGGAGUCAAAGUGGUUCGGGUCACAUCAACGGACCACCAAUGAAAUUUCAACCCGGAAGGGUUCCAAGAUGAACGGUCCAGAUUUGUUUGAUUUGGAGAGGGUAAGAUCUGGGCCUAGCCAGGCCCAGGCCCAAGGGAUUAUAUUAAACUGCCGACACGAAUUUGCUGCCAGGACACCUAGCCAGGCCCAGGCCCAAGGGAAUACACUAAACUGUCGACACCAAUUCGCUGCCAGGACACAUGGCAGAAUGGGAAACCUGGCAACAGUUUUAAAUUGACAAUCCCUGUAUUCUAGAUGUAAAUUUAAAAUAAUAUUGAGCUCUAUAAUAUAGUGCCUCCGUCCCACACUAAAU